AUGGCCUUCAUCCUACGGCGGCCUUUCGCCAUCGUCACGACGCUCAAGCAAGCGCCCAAAGCCGGGCAGUCCUUCUCUUUCCGCGCCUUUCACACCUCGCCACUCAAGCAGCAAUCCAGUUUCCACACCCCGAAGACAGCAUCGUCGUUGUCCAAGUCGCAGACGGUUUUCCGCGCCACGUUCCGUCGACACUACAACCAGCAGGCCACAUACAGUCCUGCAUCUAAAGUCGAUGCGCGCCAGCGGCUACUCUAUGGCGCGGGUAUCUUCGGUGCGACGCUCGUCGGCAUCAACUUCAUCUUCAACCGCGAAACGCGCGAGGAUGGCGGUAUGCCCCCGUACGAGCGCGCGUACCUGAACGACACUUUCAUGCACACUGGCCUGGGCAUUGGCAUCAUCGGCGUCGCGGCGAGAGCCCUGCACUUCAACGGCUGGAGCUACCGAUUGAUGGCAGCGAACCCGUGGGUGGUGCUGGGGCUUGGCCUUGUUGGAAGCAUCGGCACCAUGUAUGGAUGCAUGGCCACAGAUCCUAGCAACUACGUCCAGAAAUACGCUCUCUGGUCCGCCUUCAACGUCACCCAGGCCAUGCUCCUCUCCCCCCUCAUGUUUCUCCAGCCCGCCCUCCUCGCGCGCGCCGGCUUGUACACGGCCGGGAUGAUGGGAUCUAUUGCCUUCGUCGGCGCUACUGCCAAGCAAGAAAAGUACCUCUACCUCGGCGGCCCACUGCUCGCCGGUGUCGCUAUCGUCGCGCUCUCGGGCCUCGCACCCCUUGUCAUCCCCGCUACGGCCGCGAGAACGCUCAUGUGGUCGGAGAAUAUCUGGCUGUAUGGCGGCCUUGCUGUCUUCGGCGGCUUUACCCUCUACGACGUGCAGAAGAUCCUACACCACGCGCGGUUAGCUGAACGAGGAGUUAUGCGGAAGGAUGCCGUGAAUGAGUCAAUUCGGCUAGAGCUAGAUUUUAUCAACAUCUUCGUCCGGAUGGUCCAGAUCCUGGGCAUGAGUGGUAACAGGAGGAAGUAA